CCCGGCCCAGCCCGGCCCGGCCCAGCCCAGCCUGGCGAGGGUUGCGGAGGCGGUGGCUGGACAGCCUCACUCCGUCUCUGCCAGCCGUUGCUCCAGGCUGCUCGCUCAGCCCCGACCCGCCGGACUUGGUCUGCCUCAUUCGAUCCACGCCAAGAUGCCAUCCCAGCUGGAACACGCCAUGGAAACCGUGAUGUUCACUUUCCAUAAAUUCGCUGGCGAUAAGAACUACUUAACAAAAGAAGAUCUCCGGCAGCUGAUGGAAAAGGAGGUCCCGGGAUACAUGGAAAACCAGAAGGACCCCAUGGCGAUCGACCGGAUCAUGAAGAACCUGGAGGAGUGCCGAGACAGCAAAAUCAACUUCGAGGGCUACCUCUCUCUCUUUGCUGGGCUGACCAACGGCUGCAAUGAGUAUUACAUCAAGAAAAUGAAACCGACGGGGAAGAAGUACUAAACAGUGGAGACCCAGCUUGCUCUUCCCAAGCACUGACGGCGCGUUUCGGCACAGCCGGGCCUUGAGAGCUGCAACGGUGCCCGCCGAGCCCAUCCAACCCGCCUGCCUGCUUCCCGUCCAAAGCCAGUCCAUUCUGCUUCAAAGUGACACAUCUUGUCGUAGGCCUAACAACCCGAGCUGACAACAUACUGGAAAAUCUAACCCUUAAUAAAAUUGUGAAAACCAGCUACACACACAGACCACCUGGUCUCCACCAGAAAAUACACCUUUUCCUUACGCUGUGUCCUCAGCCAAAAAAUAAAACUUUUUUUUUGUA